AUGUUUGUUGAGUCGGUUGAUGCUUCUAGCUAUUCAAAGGAUGGGCAAAAGCUAUUUGAAUUACUAGACAAGUUUGUGGAGAAAGUUGGAAAAGAGAAUGUGGUGCCAGUUAUUACUGAUAGUGCUGCAGGGAGGUUUUUGGAAGCCAAGUAUGAACACUUGUAUUGGACACCAUGUGCUGCUCAUUGCUUGGACUUGAUGUUAGAAGACAUUUUCAAGAUACCUAGACUGAAAAAGGCAUUUGAAAGGGGUAUUGUAGUACAUGGCUACAUUUACAACCGACCACCGUUGCUAAACAUGAUGAGGCGCUAUACAAAUUGGAAGAAUUUGAUCAAGCCUGCAAAAACUAUAUUUGCAACCACUUUUCUGACUUUGUCUAGGAUGCAUCAACAAAAAAACAAUUUGAGAAAGAUGGUCACCUUCGAAGACUGGACCUCAUGCAAAUGGGCAAAGGAGCCACAAGUGCUUCGAUUGGUUGAUACCGAGAAGAAACCUCCCAUGGGAUACAUUUAUGAGGCAAUGGAUAGGGCAAAAGAAUGCAUUGCAAGUUCAUUUGAUCAUAAAGAAGAGAAGUAUAAUGAAAUCUUCGAAAUCAUCGACAAAAGAUGGAAUGUCCAAUUGCAUCGGCCUUUACUUGCAGCUGCGCACUUUUUUAACCCAGAAUUCUUUUACCCAAAAGCAUUAGAGGUGCAAAAAGAUCAUGAAGUGAUGAAUGGGUUUUAUGAAUGCAUGCUAAGGUUGGUCCUGGAUGUCACUGUUCAAGAUUUGAUCACUAAUGAGAUGAGUAUUUAUAUGAAGGCUGAGAGUCUUUUUGGCAAGUCUGUUGCGAUUAGGCAAAGAAAUACAAAGGCACCAGUGAUUAUCACAGUUGAUUGGUGGGCAUCAUAUGGUUCUAAAACUCCAAACUUGCAAACUUUUGCCAUAAAAGUCCUUAACCUAACAUGUAGUUCAUUGGGUUGUGAACGAAAUUGGAGUGUAUUUGAACAUAAAAGAAAUAGAUUGGAACAACAACGUCUCAAUGAUUUACUGUUUGUCAAAUAUAAUAGAACAUUGAGAUUUAGGUAUGACAUGCGCAAUACUCUUGAUCCCAUAUCUUUGCAAAAUAUUGAUGAAAGCAAUGAGUGGUUGCUUGGGAGGAUGGAUGGAGAAUCAGAUGAAGAUAAUGAGCCUGUGUUUGAUGAUGAUGAUGAUGAUGGCUUGACGUGGGCCACUGUUGCUAGAGCUUCUGGAGAAGCGGGCUCAGAUGACACAAAGGAGGAAGAUGUUGAGGGAUAUAAAUCAACUGAUGGAGAAGAAGAUGAUAGUUUGCUUGCCAUUGAUGUUGAGGAUGAUGAUUGA